GAGAGGGAGGCUUACUUUUUGAAUUGUCUGUGGCCACCUCCGGCGAGGAAUGGCUGUAACGGUGAGAGUAAUCGGAGCUUGAAGAGGUGGCAUUCCAGGGCGUUUUUGAGAGUGCCAACUUAGAAGAGUACAAACAAUGGCUGACAAUAGUGUGUUAACAUCCAGUUCUGGGAUUUCAAGCUUAGCAGACUCUUCCAUUUUUGAUUCUAAAGUUACCGAAACUUGUAAGGAAAACUUAUUUAUUGGACCUACUUCAUAUGUUGAAGAAGAAAUGCCUCAGGUUGAAACAAGAGUGAUAUUGGUUCAAGAAGCUGGCAAUCAAGAAGAACUUAUAGAAGCCUUAAAGAGUAUUAAAAUGAUGGAUGUCCCUGUAAUAAUAAAAGAAAGUUGUCCUGGAAAAUCGGAUGAAAAAUUAAUAAAAAGUGUUGUUAAUAUGGAAAUUAAAAUGCCCUUUGUAAAGAUGGAAUCAGUGGAAGAAUAUGAAAAUUUGGAUUCUCCAGAAUUUGAAAAUGUAUUCAUAGUCAUGGACUUCCAGGAUCCUGUUUUGAAUGAGUUAUACAAGAAAAAUUCUAGAGUUAUUGGACCACCUGUUGUAUUAAACUGUGCACAAAAAGGAAAGCCUUUGCCAUAUUUAUGGCGUCCACUCUAUUGUACAAGCAUGAUGAAUCUGGUACUAUGCUUUGCUGGAUUUAGGAAGAAGGAAGAAUUAGUCAGAUUGGCAACAUUGGUUCAUCACAUGGGUGGACUUAUUCGAAAAGACUUUAAUUCAAAAGUUACACAUUUGGUGGCAAAUUGUACUCAAGGAGAAAAAUUCAGGAUUGCUGUGAGCCUGGGUACUCCAAUUAUGAAGCCAGAAUGGAUUUAUAAAGCUUGGGAAAGACGAAAUGAACUGGAUUUCUGUGCAUCAGUUGAUGAUUUCAGGAAUGAAUUUAAAGUUCCUCCAUUUCAAGAUUGCAUUUUAAGUUUCCUUGGAUUUUCAGAUGAAGAAAAAACUAAUAUGGAAGAGAUGACUGAAAUGCAAGGAGGUAGCUACUUACCGGUUGGGGAUGACAGGUGCACUCACCUUAUAAUUGAAGAGAAUAUAGUAAAAGAACUUCCAUUUGAACCUUCAAAGGAACUUUAUGUUGUCAAGCAAGAGUGGUUCUGGGGAAGCAUUCAAAUGGAUGCCCGAGCUGUGGAAACUAUGUACUUAUAUGAAAAGGCUAAUACACCUGAGCUCAAGAAAUCAGUGUCACUGCUUUCUCUAAGUACUCCAAACAGCAAUCGCAAAAGACGUCGUUUGAAGGAGACACUGGCUCAGCUUUCAAGAGAGUCAGACCUAUCACCUUUCCCUCCCCGUAAGCGCCCAUCAGCUGAUCAUUCCCUUUCUAUAGGGUCACUCCUAGAUAUCUCCAACACACCAGACUGUAGCAUUAACUAUGGAGAAACACCAAAGUCUUGUACUAAGUCUCCCCAAAAUUCUACUCCUGUUCUUUCAAAGCAGUCAGCCAGGUGGCAAGUUGCAAAAGAGCUCUAUCAGACUGAAAGUAAUUAUGUAAAUAUAUUGACCACAAUUAUUCAGUUAUUUCAGGUACCAUUAGAAGAAGAAGGACAACGUGGUGGGCCUAUCCUUGCACCGGAAGAGAUUAAGACUAUUUUUGGUAGUAUACCAGAUAUCUUUGAUGUGCACAGUAAGAUAAAGGAUGAUCUUGAAGAUCUUAUUGUUAAUUGGGAUGAGAGCAGAAGCAUUGGUGAUAUCUUUCUUAAAUAUUCAAAAGAUUUGGUAAAAACCUACCCUCCCUUUGUAAACUUCUUUGAAAUGAGCAAGGAAACAAUUAUUAAAUGUGAAAAACAGAAACCAAGAUUUCAUGCUUUUCUGAAGAUAAACCAAGCUAAACCAGAAUGUGGACGGCAAAGCCUUGUUGAACUCCUCAUCCGACCAGUACAGAGGUUACCCAGUGUUGUGUUACUUCUGAAUGACCUUAAGAAGCAUACAGCUGAGGAAAAUCCUGACAAAAGCACUCUAGAAAAUGCUAUUGAAUCACUAAGGGAAGUAAUGACACAUAUUAAUGAGGAUAAGAGAAAAACUGAAGCUCAAAAGCAAAUUUUUGAUGUUGUUUAUGAAGUAGAUGGAUGCCCAGCUAAUCUUUUAUCUUCUCACCGAAGCUUAGUCCAACGAGUUGAAACAAUUUCUCUUGGUGAGCACCCCUGUGACAGAGGAGAACAAGUAACUCUCUUCCUCUUCAACGAUUGCCUGGAGAUAGCAAGGAAACGCCACAAGGUUAUUGGCACUUUCAAGAGUCCUCAUGGCCAUACCCGACCCCCAGCCCCUCUUAAGCAUGUUCAACUAAUGCCUCUUUCUCAAAUUAAGAAAGUGCUGGACAUAAGAGAGACUGAAGAUUGCCAUAAUGCUUUUGCCUUGCUGGUGAGGCCACCAACAGAGCAGGCAAAUGUGCUGCUCAGUUUCCAGAUGACAUCAGAGGAACUUCCAAAAGAAAACUGGCUAAAGAUGCUGUGUCGACAUGUAGCCAACACCAUUUGUAAAGCAGAUACUGAAAAUCUUAUUUAUACUGCUGAUCCAGAAACCCUUGAAGUAAAUACAAAAGAUAUGGAUAGUACAUUGAGUAGAGCAUCUAGAGCAAUAAAAAAAACUUCAAAAAAGGUUACAAGAGCAUUCUCUUUCUCCAAAACUCCGAGAAGAGCUCUCCGAAGGACUCUUAUGCCGUCGCAAAGUUCAGUGGAGGGAAGAAGUCCUCACGGCAGUGACAAGCAGGCACUGAGUCGUCUGUCUAGCACAUCAUCAUUAGCAAUUAUCCAUUCAGUUUCCACAAGCAGUAAAAUUGGAUUUACUAAGCAUGUUUAUGCUCAGCGCUCAAACUCUACUGGUGGGCGCUCUCAAAAGUCCUGGUUUUUAAAAGUCCUGGGAAAUACUGGUUUUUCAAAUUUCAAAAAAAGUUCUAUCCAACUCAUCUUUGAUAUUUGUGAAGAAUUAGGAGAUAUGCCAACCCAGUAAUGGAAACAAGCCUCAUGAAGUUUAAUGGUAUCCCAUCUCCUUCCCUUGUCAGCCUUCCUUCCUUCUUUGAAAGGAGAAGUUAUGCUUUAAGUAGAUCUACAACUCAUUUGAUAUGAAGUUUAAAAAACUUUACUUACAGACACUUAACAUCUCAUGUGCAAAUAAGAAACUGACUUAAAUGGUACUUGUCAUUAGCACUUGGUGAAAGCAUAAAGGAGAUAAGAUAGGUAACACUAAACUAUGUCAUUUGAUUUUCUUCUUUAAAGAGUAAGGUUAACCUACAUUUUUCAAGUUAAUUUAUUAGAAAGUUUUAUUGAUUUUUGAUGUAAUUUUUUUCUUUGCUGAAAUCCUUCAUUUGAAGACCAGUAUGUUUAAGUUAUUCAUGAUAUCGGUAGCUUUGUAACCUGAUACAUACAGUAAAUAAAUUUUAUUGGUCUAUGUUAAAUGCUGCUGUGAAUUUCUUUGUAUAGUGUCUAUGAAUGAAUUUUGGAAAUACAUACUUGUGUAUCUCAAUUUGUGCAGAAAUUAAGUGAUACCACAGUACUUAACUAGAUCAAAACCAGGUAUCGGAUUAAAUAGUGGGGUCUUGUUUCAUAUGUGCUGUUUGAAGUACUUUUUAAAUUGCUCCUUUUCCAGUUUUAUUCUCAAGUAUUUUUAAGAUCUAGCGUGUGGGUUUAAAAAGAUUUGCCCUGAUUAAAAAGAAUAACAGUUAAAGGAGAUUGUUUCUAAAUACUUUUGCAAAUUGAGAUAAGGACAGAGAGAUUAAAAAAUAAUGAAUAUUUUGCACAAACAUGAUAUUGGUAUAUACUUGUAGCUGUUUCAUAGAUAUAUAUUUAUGGUACUUUUUAGCCACUAGUAAAUCUUGAUUUAGUUUGAUGAUGUGUGGAAUUUUAUUUUGAGGAAUGACCACACGGAAAUUGUGGUAAAGAUUCUUUAUACUCUUUAUAACAUAACUCUAAAGUUGACAUCAGUUUUACUAGUCUGCUGUAAAAUACAUAGAUAUGUGUAUGGUCAACUUUUUACUAAGGUCCCAUAACUGAAUGUAAAGUUGAAAUACAUUUAUUUGCUAUUGUAAAAUAUUUUUCAAAUCUUGAUGUUAUUUUUCACAAUAGUUUUGUUUUUAUAGUCAUUAAUAGAAAAUAAUCAAGUUAUUAUGAAUGAAUGCAUUAUUAUUUCCUACCUGUUUAGGGAGCACUACAAACAUUUAAUUGUCAUUUAACAAUUCUCCGUUAUUUCCUUUAAGAGUUUAACUGACUAUAUAGAUUUUUUCUCUGCCACAUAUUUGUUACUUUUAAAUUGUAAAUGAACCUUCAUUACUAUACUUUAAAAGCAAUUGUAUUAGGAAGAAUUUUGUAAAUAAAUACUUAAAACCUGAGGUUAUUUUAUGUUUUAUAGUUUCUUUAGACAAAUUUUCACCGACCCGGAUGAGCACAUGCAUCAGCCU